AUGCGUGUACUUCACGUGUUAAAUCUUGUUCUUUUGGUGUACUGUGACUACCUCUUGGCUGAAAUCUGCCCUCCUGAUUGGCACCGACACGGUGAGUCUUGUUACUUCAUUAUAACUGACAUGAUGGAUUGGUUUCAAGCAAAUCGCACUUGUGCCGAGUCACGAGCAAACCUAGCCAUCCCAACCUCUCAAUCCGAACAGGAUUACAUAUGGGAACUAUUCAUGAAUGAGUUCGAUCAAACACCAGACACCAGUCUCUGGAUUGGUUGUAAUGACAUCGAGGAGGAGGGAAAGUGGCAGCAAUGUCCGUUGAAGGGUGAUACCAAUGGAUAUGAGAAUUGGGCGGACGGAGAACCAAACAAUGGAGGCGACUCAGACUGUGUACAAAUGUGGCUUGCUCUCAAUGGCCAAUGGGACGAUACUCUAUGCAGUCGUAAAGACGAGUAUGCAGUCUGUGAGCGACAUGUGAAGAACACAUUGGUAUCCACCACGCAGACCGACAUUAUUGGCCGCCUCACUCCUCAGUGCCUGCUACACCACGCCAUGAAGGAGCUAAUGGGCAAUGGUGUUGCGUCGUGCGGCGAGUCUUGCCGAUCACACCCUCGAUGUCACUCCUUCAAUCUGACGGAACACGAUUGCCCACCUGGUAACAAGACCAAUUAG